GCCCGGUGAGCAUCGCGUCUCAGAAACGCUCAUCACAACUUCCUGUCCAAGGCCAUUGUACAAGAUGGUCCGUUGGUGACAGGCUGAUUGAUUUUCUUGUCGAAAAGCCUACCAGUAAAGCCUGCGAUUCAAACAUACAAGGGUACCUCAUCAUUCACUAUUGGAACUGAUCUGGAAAUCAUGACCCAGACUCACAUGCAACGGUCAAGCAGGACCGACCAUGCCUGUAAACAGUCAUGGUUCAGAGUUCAAGAGCUACAUGAGUGACUACCACCAUCUCAGACCAUCUCAUAGCACUAUCCACCGCACUCAGCCAACAUCUUGAUACGACCCAUCAAGUCUCUGGUGUCAGUAGAGCACCCCAGCCAUUCAUCAUGCACUUCGAUCUCCUCAGCCUCAAAGCCAAGAAGAGCAUUUCCCAGCUCCUAUGCAGGAAGAACGAUACUGAGAGCACCUUUUCUGGCGUCGAUCGUAACUUGAUCGAGAGGGGUACAACUCCAGGUCCUUCGCCAGACAAAGCCUCCGUCCGACCAAAUACAAACGAUUCGCCAUCGAGCAAUGAGAGUCCCUCAAGGCGCAAAGGUCUUGUAGGGUCGCUGAAGGAGAACAAGUUGCGAAGCAUCAACUCCUUACGCAGUCUGCGAUCACCAACCAAGGCCAAGCAGCCCGAUCUAGAUGCUUCACCUUGCGCUGAUAGCCCUCGCACUCCACUGCCCCGCCCAAGGUCGUCUCUUCUCCUCACUUUCCAAGAGUCGCCGGCCGAUGAGCUCUUAUUUGACCUAAGCCGCACAGACUCAACCAAUUUUGGCCAUAACUUCUGCUGUUCUUCACCACUGCCUAUCCCUUCAUCGGAGAAUCAGAAGCCGCAAUCGUUUGCCUUGCCCUCUGUUAUACCUGACGGCACUAUCCCCUCCUCACCAGCUCCACUCCGGAAGCUCUUGGACCUGGACCAAAAUGAAGAUUUUCCAUCACCAAUGUUCGGGCCGGCGUUCGACCUGGAUUUAGCUUGCGUGGACUUACUGGCUCCCCUUCAGGAUGAUAUGCAGGAGUCUCAUCAGAUCCAGGGCACUUCACGAGAAACGACUGGAGUUGUCCAAGCCGCCAUAGAACACCGCCAUGUUCCAACCAGGAGUCCUGAAAGCGAACAACCCAGCACCGACAACACUACUGAUUUAGUCAAUGAUCGUCGAUUCAUGCAAGGGGAUUCCAUCGUUCACGAACUGACGGAAAAGUUUCAUCAGCGCUGCCUUAAUAUGAACGAAGGCAUGACAGACCCCUCUAACAAUGUGUUGAUGAUCAUCGGCAAGGACUACAUGUUGAGAGUCUUUCACAAUGGGGAUCUCAAACGCCGCAUCGGUAUCACGGCAUGUAAUGGCCACGGCUAUGCCCCUGACAACGAGUCGGAGAUGAUUCUCGCCCGCCGUGAGGAAGACUUUGCUGCGGCAGAAAGGAUAUUGCCUGAACUUGGCAGAUUCGUUGUGUUGAAUAGGGAUAUGCUUGGAAACACUAACAGGGAACUGGUGCUCGAUGAAGCUCUUGCAGAAGGCAUACUUCCAGAAUGGCUGGAUCUCAACCUGGAUAUGGAGAUUACCGAGCGAUUGCACAGCCGUAUCAGCAAUGCUGGCAAGCGACAGAACCGCGAGAGCACGUGGGGACAGCAUGUCGGGCUCUACGAUGGAACUGGCUAUGGAACGGGAUCCAGCUCGCGUUCUUCGACGGCGGGUGAGACUGGGAUGGAUGAUGCUUGCCAUUAUGUUGAGAAAGGCAAUCCUGAGGACAAUAUUGCCGAUAUACUCCCUGGUGUUUACGAGAAGACCUAUCCAUUUCGCUCGACACCCGACUCGUCUCGCUAACUUCACCCCGCGUGCAUGGGAAAGAGCAUUGUUGGAUGAACUGGAUACACUUUCGGGUCCGAAAGCAUGAUGUCGUCUUUUCCGCCACAACGCUCAACAUGCUCGGUCACCGAGUUAUCACUAGGCAACGAAAUCAGGAUAAAAGGGAGCAUGAUGGAAAAAGCAUUCGACAUCAUCAAUAGCAUGCAGAUAUUCGGGUCCGCACCUGAGACGUUCCACAAUUAUAUUAGAUAGUAUCAAUGCAGCCAUUACCAAACC